CUUCAGGGGAAGAUCCCAGCCUCUGAAGAUCAUCUCUCUUCGAGGUUUCUUCCUCUAUCGAAAAACAUUCAAUCGGCUGCCAAAAACCCUCAACGAUUUCCUCAGCGACUAUUCUCAACAUAUCCCGAGAAAAGAAAAGAGAAACUGCAAGCGAAAAACGUAGCGACGGCACCCACGAAAAUAAAAGACAUAAAUGACUUUGCGGAGAAGAAAAGCAAAUCUUAUGGGAUUACAGAUAAAUUUAUUAUAACGCAAUUCAGACUAAACGAAAAUAACGGAAACUCUUCGAAUGACAACAAACCAAACAAUUGUGGUCGAAAUUGUUUUGAUUUAUUAGAUGGAACGUCAACGUUAAACAUUGUUACCGAUAUUCCAAAAGUUUUAUUUCGCACCUCCAGGUUUAGCUCUAAGAACUCCGCUGCUUUUGAACUCAUUCCCAGGAGUGCGGGGAUGAAUCACCCGAGCCGAAGACGACGUAGAAAUCUAGAUUUUCGGAGUGAAAAUUAUAAAAGGAAACUCGGCUUUGACCAAAGUCACCCCGAUCUAAUUCCCGGGAAAUCCUUCCCUAAAAGCUUUCCUGGACCGACAAAGAAUAAAAUGGAUCCGCAGUUCGACGCGAAUCGCAGAAAAAUAUUUCCUUCCACAGAAAAAUAUCAAGGACCCAAUUUAGAUUCUUUGACUAAAAAACGAACGAUAACCAAGCGAUACACAUCAAUAGCGGGCAGACAAUCUGAGCUAAAUCAAUUCCAGGAAGAUCAAUUCCCGCCUUACGUAAACCCAGGCCUGGAAUCCAUUUCAUCCUCGAGUUCCGCCGCUUUGAGCCUAUCGCCAGGCACGGGCUUGUCUUUGAGGCAACAGCCUAGCAUUUACCAAACCUCACAAUUUCCCGCUACUUCUGCUGGCCUGGAUAUUAUUCGACCUUCAGCUGGACGGUCAGUCGUCAUGAGCGGAGUGGACGGUCUUAGAUGGACUGCAAAACCGCCUCGUAAAGUCCUCUUCAGCAACUCCAGCGGAGGGAUGGUGGACUGCGCCGUGGACGGCUCACAGCUUCCAGUGUCAAUUCAGUGGGCUUUUGAAGACGGCAGAAGUGUCGUGCCCGUGCCCGGGCUGCUAACGGUCCGGGUGAACGGGUCGCUGGAGUUUCUGCCGUUCGCGCCCCCCAGACUGGACCCGUUGCUGCACGACGCGACGUACGUGUGCGUCGUGCGCUCGACCGUCGGUGUGCUUACGUCUCUGCCCGUUACCGUCAGAGCAGAUGGGAAAUAUCACGUGACGUCAGCAGGAAUCCUGCACGUGUUGUCAGUGACUGAAGCUGACACUCGUGCUGCCUUCCAGUGCCGUACCCUCAACAUGCAGAGAGUUUUGCUGACAAUUUUAGUGCUGCGAGAAUGGUUCCGGGGGCUGGUACCAGUAGAUCCAGACGGCAGUGGUACAUGGAUGGUAGGAGGCUCCCUGGUGAUACCCUCAGCCCAGGUACCAGACUCAGGAGAGUACCGGUGUGUGGUUAACAACUCUGCUGGUACUGUAACCAUGCGGACCAAACUCACGGUUACGGCACCUCUCAGAGUUCAGAUGCAUCAGUCCUCCAUUGAACUGACGGUAGGACAGCCUCUUCGUCUGCGAUGUUCAGUCACGGGUUUCCCGCAAACUCAAAUUGUGUGGUAUAAAGACAGCGUUUUGCUUAGAGACGACGUUCGCAUUUCAAUUGCUCACUCAAAAGAUGUCAGCCGAACUCCUAGCAUCAGUUCUGCGUCGACUGGUUCACUGCCGGAGUUCAGUUCUACUGGUUCUGAAUUAAGUUAUGGGAUGAGUUACCCUGCGACUGGUUCUUCAAGUUAUUCCUUCAGAGGUUCUCUGGAAUGGGGAGAGAGCGGUCAGAGUGAGCUAAGUGUCAGCUCAGUGCAGGCUGCUGACGCUGGAUCACCUGGACAUUUACGAUAG